AUGGACGCAGAUAAACAAGAUGCUCUUAAUAGUAUUGAGAAUUCCAUUUGGAGAACAGCCUUCAAAUUACGGUCUGUGCAAACCAUGUGUCAGUUGGACUUGAUUGACACUUCACAGAUUCAGCACGUCCUAUUACGCCAAAGUUUCUGGGAAGCAAGAGAGAGCCCUCUCUCCGUGAAGCAUCUUUUCCAGGCCCUCCAGGAGCUGUUUCAGAGAGUGAGGGUGGAAGAGCCAGGACAGGUGCACCCCAGAGCUUCGGAACUCACCCUGAGCCUUCUCACAGCGAUGCAUGACAGCAUGGGAACGGGUUUUCUCAAACUUGCACCUGCAGCCGCUGCCCUGAUUGCCCUCUCAGGGGACAGCCCUCUUACAAAAUACAGAGCUCUUUUUCAGCUCUAUGCGGAGAAUAACAGGGGAGGUUAUGAUUCUGGGGCACGCAUGACUCGAAGGGUUUUGAGAAACCUACUAACAGAUCUACAGCAGAUCCCAACUGUCGUGGGUGAGAGUCGUGCUCUGUGCUCUGUGGAAAGUGCGAUACGCAGUUGCUUCCAAGGGGUGUUGAGCCCAGCAAUCAAAGAAGAGAAAUUCCUCUCUUGGUUACAGUCUGAGCCUCCCAUCCUCCUGUGGCUCCCAACCUGCUACCAACUGUCAGCCACUGAAAUGGUCACUCAUCCCGUUCGGUGUAGAAUAUGCAGGAACUUCCCAAUCACGGGGCUGAGAUACCGCUGUCUGAAGUGUCUCAACUUUGACAUCUGCCAGCUGUGUUUUUUAUCUGGCCUUCACAGCAAGUCCCACCAGAAGUCUCAUCCUGUGAUCGAGCACUGUGUCCAGCUGUCCGCAAAGGAGAAUACAAAGCUCCUCUUUAGGACCCUCAGAAACAACCUGCUCCAAGCGGGCUAUAGGAGGAAAGAAGCUGCGAGAAGGCAGUGGCUGCUGGAUCAGGUGAAUCCAAAGGACAUGGCACAGGCCAGGCUCCUUAAAAAGCAGUUAAACCAACAUAAAGACAAGCUGCAAGCCAUAUACGCCUCCCAAGAAGAAAAAAGUUGCAGAUUUGAGACAAAGAUUCAUGAACUCACAGCCAACCAGGAUAGUCUGUGGGCCAAGCUACAGCAAAUGGGACAGGAUUUACAGGCAAUGGUACAGCCACUCCAUGCAUCUUCUUCUUGUCAAAAUACGGUUUCCAAGGGUGACCAUGGAAAGGGUGAAAGGUUUUGGAAGGGAGAAGAUUCUUCCCAGAUCAAGAAUGCCACUGUGGAAGGUUUGGAAUGGGUACCUCUUCCUAACCCCACUGUAGCUGACAGAAGUCAACAAAGUCAAGCAAAAGUAUUGGAUGCUUUACCGAAGUCAGAAUCACCACAGGACAUUUUAGAGCCAAGGUCAACGCAAAGCACCAGGGCACAAAGCCAAGGGCAAAAGACCUCCAGGGAAAUCUUUGGCUCCUCUCCCAGUUCCCAGGAAGGACUGUGGCAGGACACCCCCCAGAUCACUCCUGCUGAAAUAAACUCUCCUGCUCUGGCACCCAUCGAAAGGAGAGAGGCGGUUAACAUCCAGGAGGAAAAGGAUGAGCUGGAGGAGGAGGAACUGCAAGAAUUGUUAUCAAAAUUUAUGGAUGCCUUCACUCUAGAGAUGCCAUCAGGCCCACAGUCUUCAGUAAACAUGGACCUGUAUUGCGGAGCUGAGCGAGUAAGCAGGGCCUUCUCUGCCCUUGUUGAUCAAAUCACCUUGCCCAACUUGAAGUGA